GUUGCGGGUGGAGGGUGUGUGGGGAGCCGCAGUCCUGUUUUUUUUGCUAGGCCACUGGCCGAGCCCUCGCGGGGAGCGGAGCCCGCCUGGGGGACCCGGCCCGCCUGGAGCAUCCCCUCCCAGGUCCUCGGAAGGCCCCUCCAGCCCCCGCAUCGCCGAGUUUUUUAACCAGGUUCCCACUUCCUGCCGUGUCCACCCGGACGCCCCUUCUCUCUCUUCCUGCCGCUCCGCGAGCCUUUGUCUGCAGCGCUCUCGGCUCUGGGACAUUUAAUCCUCUUGUUCCUUGAGGAUGUUUUCCAAGGAGGCCGAGCCGACUGCAGGCGGGUGUUCAUGGAAAGCACCCAGAAAUGCUGCAUUUCUCGUAAUUGUGGAGAGCAAAUUAGCUCUUGUGUUAUUAUCCUUCAGUGGGGCUAUUGGACUGACUUUUCUUAUGCUGGGAUGUGCCUUAGAGGAUUAUGGUGUUUAUUGGCCCUUGUUCGUCCUGAUAUUUCACGCCAUCUCUCCCAUUCCUCAUUUCAUUGCCAAAAGAGCAACAUAUGACUCUGAUGCAACAAGCAGUGCCUGUCGGGAACUGGCAUAUUUUUUCACUACUGGAAUUGUUGUUUCUGCCUUUGGAUUUCCUGUUAUUCUUGCUCGUGUGGCUGUGAUCAAAUGGGGAGCGUGUGGCCUUGUGCUGGCAGGCAAUGCAGUCAUCUUCCUUACAAUUCAAGGUUUUUUCCUUGUAUUUGGAAGAGGAGAUGAUUUUAGCUGGGAGCAGUGGUAGCACUAUAUUCUGAUAAAACGCAUUUAAUUUCUUAUAAUUCAUACUAUAUGUGUGUGCACAUGUGGCUUUUUGCUAUGAAAUUCAAUAUGCUGGGUUUUUUUUUUUUUAUACUUUUAUAUCAUGUUCACUUUAAGGAGGACUGUAUGAGAAAGAGAUUUGUUUUAGUACCAGCAAAUAGACCACUCCAUGUACUCACGUUGAAUUACGUUACUUGGCUCUUCAUAUAGUCAUGGUGCUCUCAGAAAAUAUAUUAACACAGUCUUGUAGCCAGCUGCUCACAUAUGCAAUGCAUCUACACCUUUUGCCUGGGGAUAUGCUUGGAUAGGAGCAGGUCUCAGUUCUGCUCAAGAUUUCAAGAUACACUUGUGGCCCAGAGACACAGAGGUGGCUCCCUCUUUGUGUGGUAGACCCUUGCUUCUCAGAGUGUGGUCCAUAGACCAAGAGCAUCGGCAUCUCCUAGGCACUUACUACAAAUGCAGAAUCUGAGGCCCCACCCCAGACCCAGUGCAUUUUGAUGAGACCCCCAAAUGAAUUGGAUGAGAAGCGCUGUCAUAGAGGACUAAGUAUCAUACACAGUUUCCUUUUCUUCCCCUUGCAGAACCCCUUAACCUCUGCUCAUUUAUGAAAAUUGUUUCACCUGCCCCCAUGUUGAGGCCUAGUUCAGACUCGCUUUGGUAUUUGUGAAAUGUCCUCACCUGUAAUGUGUAGGCUGUUCCUCAAAUUUAUGAAGUGUUCUCAGGAACCAGUCCCUGCUUUAACAGGAUGAGGAAGACUAGAUAGGUGAUUCCAUUUAGUUUCCCUUUAUUAUCCGACACUUCUGUCCCAUUCCUUCCUGUGCUGCUCCUCCUCCCCUCCCCAAACACAUACUAUCAGCAGUUCUGAUUGGUCCUUGCUUCUUCAUGGCUGUGGUCCAUCCUUUCUAUAGAGACAUGGAACCAGGUAAGCAAGCAGAGGGUGAGCUGCUUAAUUUUCCUUACAUGCUGAUGUACUUACUGUCUUUUAUGUCCUGUAGGACUUUUUAUAAGGAUAGUAACACUUUAGGCCACUUUUAAAUGAAUCAUGAGGAAUACAUGUCAUGCUGGAUCCUAUAAUCACAGUCUUUCUAGCUCAACUUGAUGUCCAAGAGAAAGGGAAAUAUGGGAAUUAGAACCACUUAAUCAGAAUAGUAGAAGCAGUGAUUUUAGAGUAUUGUUAAUGUGUGAUAACUGACAUACAUUAAAAACACUGACCCUUUAAGUUUGUAAUCUGAGUAAUUAGCAUAUCCUUUCAUAUUCUGGAAUCAUACUGAGACCAGAAGAAGAUAAAAGUGAUCCCUAAAAGGACAGUAUGCAAAGUUACAUUUUGACCUUGUGCAUGAUUUUAUGUUUUCAGUGUUCUGUGUACAUAUAGAAUUGUUGAAGUUAUUAUUUCCAAUAUUUAUAUUAGAAAAAAUAUAUAGACACUUUAUAAUUUUAACCAGCAUUUUUAAUAACACUUGCACUUAUUGUAUUGUAAUAAAUUUCACUUUAAACACAAAAGAAAAGUUUACUUUAAAAGUCUUUUUUCUGAUGUAGCCUUACUUAAAAGAUAACAAAAGAGUGAGAAUUUCUUGGUGUUCUGAAAUAGACAGUUUUGAGUGAUAAUCUGCCCUGCAAUAGAAUAAUAGCAAUAAGAGUUAAGAUUCCAUUUUGAAUGUCUAGUUGGCUUACAAUAGCUUUUCCUAAGAUGGAAAUAGUGUUUAAUUAUGUUACCUUUUGCAAAAAAAUGUCUUUGUUGCUUGCACAAUAAUCCAGGUAGCCUUAAUGUGUAGCCUUAAAGCAUUGCCUCUUGACUGUAUUUCCAGAAUAUAAAGUACUUGCCUAUAGAAUAUUUGUAGCUAUUCCCUAAUAAUGUAAUGGUUUGUUGAAGUGGUAGAUUAUUCAAUUUGCUCUAUUGUCUGAAAACAGAGACAUUCCAUCUCUUUUCCUAAGAACAAGGUCUGUCUUCCAUUUUUGCAGCCCUUUCUAUCCCCUAAUGCUGUUAGGGCCCAGGUAUACUCCUGUGAGGUUUGCCUUUCCUGGAUCAGGGCCCUUCUCCUAGCCUUCUCUACCUCCUGGGGUUCUUCAUAUUCCAAAAUCACCCACCUUCCUACUACCAAUCAGUUUUCUUAGUAUAGCUGAUAUCAUGUGGUGAUCAGAAGAAAACAAUCUGAUCAAACUCCUUUCCAAGAAA